AUGGCACCACGCAUCCACAUCAAACAACAGGAGGUCCGCGACGAGGCCUGCCGACUCCGGGUCGUCAUCAUUGGAGCGGGCCUCGCAGGCCUAGGAACAGCCAUCAGCUGCGCACUGGCCGGCCACGCAGUGCAAGUCCUCGAAGUCGCCCCGGAGAUCAAAGAAAUCGGCGCCGGCAUCCAGAUCCUCCCGAAUAGCUCGCGAGUGCUCCAACACUGGGGUCUGGAGAAAGCUCUUACCCCGCACAUGACCGCACCCACCGUGUGCAACUUCGUCGGCUGGAAGGGCAAUAUGAUCUCGUCGCUAGACUUCGCCGAGUCCGAACGGGGAUACCCGGGGUGCUGGUACCGCGACUUCCACCGCGCCGAUCUACACCGAUGUCUGGUUGACCGCGCGGUAGAGCUGGGCGUGGAGAUCAUCUGCAAUGCGAAGAUCAUCGACAUCGUCGUGAGCCCCGACGGGGCGAGUUCCACGGCGGUCGCGGAAGAUGGGCGGAGCUGGCCCGGGGACUUGGUGAUCGGGGCCGACGGCGUGUUUGGCAAACUGACCGAGUCACUGCUGGGGAGAAGUGAUCCGCCAGUCAAGACCGGCGAUCUGGCAUACCGGUUGCUGCUGUCGACGGAGGAGAUGCGCAAGGACCCAGAGCUGGAGCCGCUGGUCACGAGCCCGCAGGUGAAUUACUGGUUGGGGCCGGAUGCCCAUGCAGUUAACUACGUGCUUCGCAACGGAGAGCUGUUCAACAUGGUGCUCCUGGUGCCAGACGACAUUCCUGAAGAGUCGCUCGCCUCGACGGUCGAGGGCAAUGUGCAGGAGAUGUGUGCACUGUUCGAGGGGUGGGAUCCACGGAUUGAGAAACUGUUGAAACUGUGCCAAUCGGUGCACAAAUGGCGACUGUGUAUCCGGUUCGGCGACUACGACUGGACACAUCCCUCCGGCUCGUGGGUGAUGAUUGGCGACGCCGUGCACGCGACGCUGCCGUAUCUCGCGUCAGGAGCCGGAAUGGCCUUCGAAGACGCCGCCGUCCUCGGCGAAUGUCUCUCGCGGCUGCCCAACGACCCGUCCAUCUCCAAAUCGUCGGCCGCCUUCAUCGGGCAAAAGCGACACGCGCUCGACGUGUUCCAGAAAUGCCGCAAGGCUCGCACUAAGAUGGUUGUCGAAAGGGGAAACCUGCAGCAGUACCUCUAUCAUCUCCACGAUGGAGAGGAGCAGCGUCAGCGCGACGCCAAGAUGCAGAUGGUUCCGACACCCGAGGGGGAGGCCCUGGCCUGGCGAGAUCCCGGGCUGGCUCCGAAGCUGUUGGGAUACGACCAUAUUGCGGAUGUCGAUCGGAACUGGGGGAUGAGAGCGGGGGGUGCGACAGACGGGGUGUUCUCUCGACUAUAG